AUGCAGCGGUGGCGCAGGCGUGGCCUUGGCGCCCUUUGUGCCGGCCUCUGCACGGGCUCCGAGCUCUGGUCGCACGCCUGGACUCUGCCAGCGGAGGGACGUCGGCGAGACGUCCUUUGUGUGGGUCCUGCUGUGGGCCUGGCUGCCACUCCAUGGUCUCUGCCAGCCUCCGCCGCGGAGAAGACCGCCCUGCAGCUGCGCUUCAAUGGCACAGAGGUCGACAAGCUUCCGAGUGGGUACAUUCCAGGCUGGGGUCCUGAUGAUUUGUACUAUCCGGAGUGGAUGGAGGGCCGCUGGCGCGUGGAGCAGACGUUGGAGAGCUAUGCUGCCCCGCUGGGGAAGCAGUUCCUGGCCAACGGCCAAAGUGCAGUCGCCAACAAAGUCCUCUCAGAGCAGCAGAACCAGCUCGGGAAGACCGUCGACUUUGAACUCAGGUACCUUCGAACGCAGAGGAACAACAUUGUAGAAGACCGCGCAUACAACACCAGAGCGAAGCUGAAUGCCUUUGCGGGGCGGGAAGUGGUAAAGAAUGUGGAGUAUGUCGAGGUGCAAGACAACACGCGUGAGCUUGCGACGCGAGCAGGGAAUGGUGAGUCAGAUCCUCUGCGGAACGUGCUGGUGAACUUCAAAGGAGCUGUCCAGAAGGUAUUUAUCACCGCCUUUGAAACAGAGUUGUCCCCGGAGAACGACAUUUGGCGAGGUGUCGCCAGUACGCGGACGCUCUUUGCGGCGCCUGGGGCCGGCUACAACCCGCUGACAGUGGAUGAAGAAGUCGUUACGGCCCUGAAGAAGACGGAGAGCGGCGUCCGGGGACGCCUUCGGCUCCUGGGGUUUCUGAAUCCCAAUGACCAGCUCUUCUUCAAGGCUGGCAAUCGCGCCGUCAGCAUUGCCGACUACAGCCUCAAGUACACGCGAAUCGAGGAAUCCACAGCGAGAGGUGAGUGCGCUCUUUGCCGCCAAUCUCUGCGUCGGGAGCCAGGGCUGGAUGAAGUGCUGCGUGUGCGCGAGCCCGGUGCGGUGCAGCCCGGGGAGCGCGAGGAGCGCCAGCGAUGGGGUCGGUUCGGGUCGAAGCUCUUCCACGUGGUGCGCAAGCUUCGGGACAUCGCGCAGGAGGACCCGACGGCGCGCGCCAUCGUCUUCGUCCAGUGGGCCAGCCUCCGGCGGAAGCUGGCGGCUGCCUUUGCGGAGUUCCAGGUGCCCUACGUCUGCCUGGAGGAGCGCUUCGAUGCCUCCAACAACCCGGUGCUGCACAGCUUCUGGGAACGCGAUGAUGUCGUCACGAGCUUUCAGGGAGCCCCGCUCGAAUCGACGGAGGGCCCGAAGGUGUUGUUGCUUUCCUUGCAAGAUGCAGCAUCCGGCACGAACCUCACGCGAGCGAACCACGUGCUCUUCGUCCAUCCCGUCUUCGCAUCCUGCUCCCGCCUGGCCGUGGCCUACGAGACGCAGGCGCUGGGCCGCUGCCUCCGCGUCGGGCAGACCAAGCGGGUCUUCCUCUGGCGCUUUGUGACUCUGGGCACGGUGGAGGAGGAGCUCUCCUACAGGCACCAGGCAGAGCUGUGGCAGCGGACCCCGGAGCUCCUCGCGAAGCGGGCAAAGACCCAGCAAGAUCGAGCAGUGCGCUCGGCCGAGCCAGAGAAGGCCCUGAGUGACGAAGAUGAAAUCAGCAAGGGUGAAGUGAGCACCAUGUGGCCAGAUAUCAUGAGGAAUCCGCUCUCUCCCAACCUUCGUCGCAAGGCCCUGAUCAUUGGUGUCAACUACGCAGGCUCGCAUGCUCCGCUCAAGGGCGCCGUGAACGACGCUUGGAACCUUCACGCGGUUUUGAGGCAGUCGCUGCUCUUCGAGGAGGAUCAAGUGCGGCUGCUUGUGGACGACGGGGAGCCGGCCAAGCUGUCGCAGGUUCCUUCCAAGGAGAACAUCCUCUCCGGCUUCCAGGCUUUCCUGAUGCCGACGAAAGAGCCCAGGGAGCACCGGGCUGUGAAGUUCACAUAUGACUGUGAGCAGGGCCGCUGGGAGGAGCAACCUGUGCGGAUACGCCUGGACCCAGAGCCAUUCAGUGAGGGUGGCAUGCGAUGCUUGGCUGCAGCUUUCCCAUGCACCCCCCCAUGCUUUGGUUCCCGCUUGCAGAGUAGACGGCCCUUGGCCAAGCCUCUUUCAUGCCUUGACAACGAAUCGCUCGGAGGAGUGGUCUACCACGCACGGGAACUGUUGGAAGAUGGCUGUGAAGUGGAUGCGGUCCUCAAGAGGAUAAAGCCUCACUGUGGGCUGGACCCAGAUGUGAACUACCACGAGGCGAUGACCCAGAUGGUCGCAGAGUGCUAUGCACAAGAGUUCAACAAGUGGUGCUCGCAUGCAGGGCUGCCUUACAGCAUUGCAUUCCUUCCAGUGUCUGUUGUCAAGAUGGAUGAAUUUGAAGAGCCGCUUUGUUUGGAGCCGUACUUGGCCGGCGACUAUGUGAAGCACAGUGACAAUGCUGGCCAUACGGAGACAGACGACGAGGUGGCAGCAGCAUUUUCCUACUUCAGCUACAUCAUCUCCGACAAGCUCUUGGUGGUUUGCGAUAUUCAGGGUGUUGGGACUUUCUACACUGAUCCCCAGAUACACACAGCUGAUGGGGUGGGAUUUGGGGCUGGCAAUCUGGGAGCGGAUGGCUUGCAGCGCUUCCUCCGGACCCAUCGGCACAACCUGCUGUGCGAACAGCUAGGCUUGCCGAGCCCCGACGAAGGCCUCUCCGAUGAGGAGCUGGCGAGGAAGAUUCAGGAUCUGGAGCGAGAAGACGCGCAGUCACAUCGUGAACCGGAUGCCCUUGUCACGCUUGUGAACGGGAAUCUUGGGCCUGAGGGAUUGUCUUCCUCCUCGUGGAAGCACUCGCAGUACAGUGAAGGCCUUACAGCGAUAACGCGGAUAUUCACGCGUCGGUUGAUGGACGGGGCACAACCUGGAGACAGUUUGGUGCUGGCUUUCUCUGGAUACGGCACCCAGCACCCCAAGGAUGCCGAGGGAAAGGACUGCGAGGCUUACCUGGUGCCUUCCGACUAUGCCGAGGAUUUGCCGGAGGAGUGGUGGUCCCAGGCCAAGAAACCUUCUGCCGUGCAGGCCAAUGGUCGGCAGCCAAACGGACACCCAGUGCUCCGCUCAAGUUUUUGGCGCAGCGCAGCGCUGCAGCGCCGCAGGGUCGCUCAUGGCCGCCCGGCUUUCCAGGUUGAACCGUUUCAUCACCCAGAUUCCCGCUGGAGCCACACUGACGACCAUCCUGGAUUGCUCCUAUCCGAUCAUUCCGGGCGUGAGCCCGAGUUGCAACCUGUCGCCGACCUUCCCCAGGGUCACGCGAGGUCGCGUGGACUACGAGAGGCUCUUCGACUUCGUGAGCCGACCGAGGUUCUUGGAGCUGCCUCCGCUCCCAGUGCAGCACACGCUCCCGCAGGUCUGGCGCCCGCAGACCUUCCCGUCCUGUCGUUUGCACGUCUUCAGCGCCUCCAGGCUGCAGGAGUGGCCCUCGGAGCUCCCGUUGGAGGGGACCGUGCAGGGUACUUUCACCUGGUCCUUUGCCAAGGCGCUGGCAGCAGGAAAGCUUCAAUGCACAGACUUCAUGAGGCAUUGGCGCGACCUAUGCCUGAUAUGGUUUCUCGCCCCCUGCUCCAUAUUCUCUGCCCGCCGCGCUCCCAGGAGAAGAGCUUUGUGAGCCUCCUGACUCCUGACAGCUUCCCAGCUCCUAGGUGGGGCAUCACUCACACAAAGGACAAUGCCCAUGAGUGCCCAACGAAUGGCCAGAAGAUGUGGUGCUGUGACCGUGGAUCCAAGUUCGACGCAGAGAAGGAUGAGUGCCUCAAAGCAACAGCCGCGACUGACACAGUAAAGACCGUAGAAGCGGAGAUACAGGACUUCCAAAACUCCACAAGGCUCUGGCGCAUACCCGACGGAGUCGAUCACGAUGGGGUUCGCGGGUGCACCGAAAAGAAUGCUAUUGCUUGCAAAGAUGAAGGGCAACAGCAUUUCUGCUGCUGCGACUCAGGCUUCAUCUGGAGCUUUCCGGAGCGCGCAUGCGUGCCCAACAAGGACGACCCGUCAGAUGUGGAGGACCCGGUGCCAGGAAGCGAGAAGUGGGGCCUUCUUCACAGAGUAGGUCAAGCCUCCAAGUGUGUGACCCACCCCAAGAAGUACUGCUGCCACCGCGCAUGCCAGUACGAGAUCGGUAAGGAUAGAUGUGGCGAGUGUGUGAGCUACGAACAGGACAAGCCACCAAAUGCCUGGCAGAAUAUCCAACGGUACGCCGCGGAGAAAGGGAACUUUGUCAUCCCACCAUCUAUCGACUCGCCUGGAGUAUUCGGCUGCUCCACGAAGAAUGCCAAGAAGUGCACGGUGCCACUGGCGGGUGAGAAGCACUGCUGUUGCCACCAAGGUACCGCCUUCUCCUUCCAGACACGCACGUGUGUUAGUCAGACAGUCUGGCAGUCGGAGCUGCCACCACCACCGGGCGGCGGGCCGCCAGGCCAGCAAGGCCAGCAAGGCCAACAGGGCCAGCAGGGCCAGCAGGGCCAGCAGCAAGGCGAAGGUGGGCAGCAGGAGCAGGUUGAUGUCCCACGGGACGCCGCAGACGCCGGCCG